UAGGCUGUCAAUCCUACAAAAUACCAAUGAAUGCCUUGGACCUCAUAUUCAUUAUCAUCGACCCCAUCAUUCUUCCCCAACCAUGGCAGAGACGAGCCCAAAAAUCAAGAUUAUGGCGGGUGCCGCGCCAGACUUAUCUGCGGCUACAUUCCAAAUUUUCGACGAGUCGCAUACGAUUGGAAAUGCUCUGCGGUGGAUGAUCAUGAAAAACCCGAAGGUGGAGUUUGCGGAUAUAGGUUACGUGCCCCAUCCUUCCGAAAACCUCAUUCAGCUGCGAAUACAGAUGUAUGAUGGGCUCUCGUCCUUGAAUGCGCUCCUUGAAGCACUGACGAAUCUUGAUGCUGUAUGUGAGGCCGUUGAAAACAAGUAUCACGCAAGUCUUGCUACGAAUGACUAUGAGCGGUGGGAGGAGAGGAGCUAGGCAGUGCUGGUGUGCGUAACAAACGACUUGCUGCUUUCACGACGAGUGCACUGUAGUUUGUUCGUUAUGCAGUGUGCACGCGAUAAUGUGGACUACUCCCUUCUGGAGUUUGGCGCAAUAUCACAUAUGCAUCUUCUGAUGUCUAACAGAAUAAGCGUCCUGCAC